CGCGCGCGGCGUCUCCACCGGCAAGACGCGUCACGUUAAAACCGAAUCUCCGCUUUAUCCCAACGACGUUUCGAACGCGCGUCAAGAAACCGAUCAAAUCGUGCACGAAGUCACACUCGGCGUAAGACAUCACAGUGAAAUCAAACAUAGACACAUAACCGAUUUGUUGGGUAAUAGUACCCAUAGUAAAACCAAUAACCCCCCGCGGUUUGAUAAACGAAAGCAAGUGACGGUGUUAGAAGAUGCGAUUAUUGCUGAUGAAGUUCAAUUCGUGAAUCCGAAAAGUGAAGUGAAGUCUAAAGACCGCGUCGCGUCUCGCAUGACGAGAGGUGAUGAUUCGGAUGAUGAGAAUGUGCUACAUAUCGGCGGGAUUUUUCCGAUUGGCGGUGAAGGUGGCUGGCAAGGCGGUCAAGCUUGCAUGCCGGCGGCUAAUUUGGCUCUGGAGGACGUCAAUAGGCGGAAAGAUUUGCUGCCGGGGUUUAAGCUGCGGUUGCACAGCAACGAUAGCGAGUGCGAACCCGGUCUGGGGGCAAGCGUCAUGUAUAAUCUGUUAUACAACAAGCCCAACAAACUUAUGCUGCUCGCCGGCUGCAGCACUGUUUGCACGACCGUCGCGGAAGCCGCCAAAAUGUGGAAUCUGGUGGUGUUGUGCUAUGGGGCUUCAUCUCCGGCCUUGUCGGACAGGCGGCGUUUUCCAACUCUGUUUCGGACGCAUCCGUCCGCUACGGUGCACAACCCGACGAGGAUCAAACUAAUGGAGAAGUUUGGAUGGUCGAGGAUUGCUAUACUGCAGCAGGCCGAAGAAGUUUUCAUUUCGACCGUUGAAGACCUGGAGGCGUCCUGCAAAGAGGCCGGCGUAGAAAUAGUGACUAGACAAUCGUUCCUGUCCGACCCCACGGAUGCGGUUCGUAAUUUGCGGCGACAGGACGCCCGCGUUAUAGUCGGUCUGUUUUAUGUGGUGGCUGCGAGGCGAGUGCUCUGCGAAAUGUACAAACAGCAACUCUACGGACGGGCUUACGUCUGGUUCUUUAUAGGUUGGUAUGAAGAUAAUUGGUUCGAAGUGAAUUUAGAGAAGGAAGGUAUAGAAUGUACGAAAGCGCAAAUGCGAAUUGCGGCAGAAGGACAUCUCACCACCGAAGCCUUAAUGUGGAAUCGAAGUAAUCAGAAAACGAUAUCUGGAAUGACACGAGAGGAAUUUAGGAGUCGUCUCGAAGAUGUCCUUCGACAGGACGGCUACGAUAUCGACAACGGUCGUUAUCCCGAGGGCUACCAAGAGGCGCCUCUCGCCUACGAUGCGGUUUGGAGCGUUGCCUUGGCAUUCAAUAAGACGAUGGCCAGAUUGAGGAGACAAGGCAAAUCAUUGAAGAGUUUUACGUACACCGAUAAAGAAACGGCAGACGACAUCUAUUCCGCCAUCAAUUCCACGCAGUUUCUAGGAGUCUCGGGUUACGUGGCAUUCAGUUCACAAGGUGAUCGUAUAGCUUUAACGCAAAUUGAGCAAAUGAUUAAUGGUAGCUACAACAUUCUGGGAUAUUAUGACACUCAGGCUGAUAACUUGACUUGGCUUCACAGAGAAGAAUGGGCAGGUGGAAAAGUACCUCAAGAUAGAACAAUAGUUCGUCACGUUUUGCGCACAGUUUCACUUCCCUUAUUUAUUUGUAUGUGCACCGUUUCUGGUCUAGGAAUAAUAGUAGCAAUAGCUCUAAUAGUCUUUAAUAUACUUCAUAGACAUAGAAGAGUAAUUCAAUCAUCACAUCCCGUUUGCAAUACGAUUAUGUUAUUUGGUGUAAUAAUCUGUUUGAUUUCGGUCAUGCUCCUGGGUAUUGAUGGGCAGUUUGUCAGUGAAGAUACUUAUCCACAAGUAUGUCAUGCUAGAUCGUGGUUAUUAUGUAUUGGUUUCACUUUGGCUUAUGGAGCAAUGUUUAGUAAAGUUUGGAGGGUGCACAGAUUUACGACAAAAUCUAAAACCGAUCCUAAGAAACGAGUUGAGCCUUGGAAGUUAUACACAAUGGUUUCUGGUCUUUUGGCUGUCGAUGUUAUUAUUUUAUUAACGUGGCAGUUGAGAGAUCCUUUAAAAAGAGGCAUUGAACAGUUUCCAUUAGAAGAUCCUCCAACAUCGGUCGAUGAUGUCAAAAUUCGGCCAGAACUCGAGCAUUGCGAAAGCGAACAUAACGCUAUUUGGUUAGGUGUAAUAUACGGCUACAAAGGCUUGGUGCUCGUGUUCGGAUUAUUUUUGGCAUAUGAAACUCGAUCCAUCAAGCUGAAGCAAAUCAACGAUUCUCGGUACGUUGGCAUGAGCAUAUACAAUGUGGUCGUUCUUUGCCUGAUAACGGCGCCUGUCACGAUGGUCAUUGCCGGGCAGCAAGAUGCCAGUUUUGCGUUCGUUGCUCUCGCCGUCGUAUUUUGCUGCUUCCUUAGCAUGGCACUCAUAUUUGUACCAAAGGUAAUAGAAGUAAUAAGACAUCCACGUGAUAAAGCAGAAUCUCGUUACAAUGCCGACAGCGCCGUAUCAAAAGAAGACGAGGAGAGGUAUCAGAGAUUACAAAGCGAAAAUGAUGAAUUACAGCGGCAAAUCGCUGCGAAAGAAGAUAAAAUUCGCCUGUUAAAACAGCGCCUGUCAGAGCGAGAUCAAGGUGUUAAAGGUUUGACAAACCUCCAACCAGGUGGAAUGACGCAAACAACAAAUUUGCUAUCAGGAAACACAAUAACGAACACAAAUUCGGAUGCACUAGAUGAGCACAUUUGAGGGCAGCAGUCAAUAAAGAAACUUCAAUAAUUAAUUUUGAACUAUGCUAUUUGAUAGCAUAAAAAUU